GAGGUCGUUUGAAAUGGGAGAAAUGGCGUCGGACUUCAUCCAAACGUACAUGUAUCAAUCCAGUUGAAUAUGCUUACUCCUGGCUGUAUUUCACAGAUAAAAGCCAUUGCAGGCAGAGAUGAAAUACAGGAAGUAUUUACUGUGAAAGUUUUGGACAUGUUCAGAUACGUUGUUGACAAGAGCUUUCCAAUUCUGGACCCUGAUUUUACUGAUGCUUUUGACAUUGUCAUAACUGAUGGUCGUUACAAGACGAAAUGCUUGUUGUCAACUUCUUUAAAUUUACUAGUUUACGAAAACAAACUGCGAGAAAACUCUGUUGUGACUAUUACUGAAUGCAGCUCUUUGAUCGACGAAGAAUCGUUUGAACAAGUACCGUACGUCAUUCUUCAAAAUAUUCAAAUUUUAAAUUUGGCGCCAGAGAAUACUGAAGUUAACCGAGAGGAAAUCCAAUUUUGCGAAGGUGCAACACCUAAUGAAAAGCAGGAAAUACCACUGGCAGCUUCUCGCGGUUAUUACUUACCGUUAUGGAACGACGAAGACUACUUUGGAGCAAGAUGGUUUAGUGCUCCAGAUUUGCAUCCUGCAAACCCCAUUACUGAUGCAAUUACAGUUCAUGAUCUUGAUAUGUUUUGGAAAGUUCUUCCUCGUCCAUUUCCAGCCCUUAUUGGGAGAGUGGUUAGUAAAACUAGGCUCAAUCACUAUGGAAAAGCUUCAGACGAGAAUAGAAAAUAUCCCUAUCAAGCGUACCUUGAGCUGGAGGAUCGGACUGGGACUGUUUCUGUUUGUAUAUGGAGUUCGUUUUGGGUGCUGUUGUAUAAUUAUCUACAUGUAGGAGACAUUAUAGCUCUCUUAAAUUACCGUGUAACCAGAAAGUUCAGCCAAAGAAGUAAUGCAGUCUACAAUACAAGUGCUCCCACGAGCAUCGAGAUAUCUGUGAAUCCUACUAACCCAACAGCAGAAGUAUAUAAACUGGCACCGACUGAGCUCGGACCAGGGUGGAGGUUACCUGGUGUACCUUAUAGAUUUAUUGAACGGAAGUCACUGUCAAACUACUCGUCAGGCUUCAUAUGUGAUGUUGUAGGAGUUGUGAUGUUUGUCAGCCGAGACAGCAGAGAAAGAAAGGGGAACAAGUCUUCUUUCUGGACUAGUAAAUGGGUACAUCUGCAAGAUGGUACAAGUUCUGCACCAUUCAUCCUCCAUCUUUAUGCUUCUUCACAACCCCAAAGCUUUGAUGCCAUUGCACCAGGAAAGGUUCUUGUUUGUGCACGGAUGCUCCUUAAAAUUGAGGCACAGGACUCAAAACACCAAAAAUUGUGCUACCUUACAACAACCAGGGAAUCUCAGAUUUACCUUCUGAGACAGCCAUCUGAUGUGAAAAACAAACCCUUUACAGAAUCAGAGGCUGUAAAUGAAGUCAUUAGAUGGCGUCAAACAAGAGAUGCUAAACAGCUUCUCAGGAAGUCCUGUGUGGGUGGGUACAAUGACUUUCCACCCCUACCUGAUUCUCUUGAAUUGUACAAGAGAACAUUUUCUCCUGACAAACCAAUGAAUCUGAUAACCACAGUUAACCUUGGGUUUAUACUGAGAGAGCUUCAUUUUAAAGAAAACCUACGGCUGCACAUUCAGGGCAUAGUUGUGGCCCUGGAGUUUGUUCCUGCAGCAAGCAAUGAAGAAAGUUCAUGGCAGUCAUCUGGAGAAGUCAGCUGUUCUCAGCUUUGUGAGACCCGCAGUGGUGACAAAACUACCAAACAAUGCAGUUUUAUUGGCCAGUCUGAUGAAAAUAAAUCAACUCCUACAAGUGGCCAAACCAGUAGGUUUGGUUCUAAUUCUUCAAAGAUGAGGGAGAUACCCAACAAACAAGGCAGAACAUGCGAUUCGGAGAUCGAAGACGAUUCUGAGUCUGAACUUGAAGAUGAAUCAACACCUUCAAGUGAUGGAAUGAAAGCAAGCUCAUGCAAAGAAUAUAGCGUCGUCACCAGAAGAAUUAAUCCUAGGAGGAAGUGCAAAAAAGUUUACCGUGGGAGUCCAAAGAAGGUUCGAAUUAAGACAAAAGCACGGAAAGCUGGCUCGCAAAAAAUGAUCACCAAUCGGAAACGAAAAGCAAACAAGCGACCCGCUCUCCCGCCUGAAACAGCGAAACGGAAAGCAGUGUCGACAAACCAAGCGUCUACCAGUGUAAGCAGAGAGAAGGGGAAGGUCUCAAGAGGCGUUCAGCGGUCAGGAAGGAAAGAUUCCUCGAGUUCUUUUGGUUCUGGCAAGGUAGAUAAAUACUACCCGUUUAGAAUUCUGGAUCAAUCGUGGACGCACAUAGCGUCUGAUAUACCUUUUCUUGGCUUGUCGAAACCAAGCUUCCACGAAAACACUCUUCCAAGACUUUGCAGUCGGGGUCUCACGGAUGUCCAAGUUGUACCGACUGCCGAUCGGCAAGGCUUCGUGAACUCCGAAGGUCACUGGAGGCUUAUGAUCGCUGGACUCAAUCGACGGGCGAUCAUAAAUGCGAUAUUUAUACCCCAGUAUUCUACGACAACGCAAGGUGAAAGUAGAGAAAGCGACCUUUUCAUGACUGCCUUGGCGACAGGGGCUUUUCCAAACAGAUAUCCUGUGGAAACGCUUUUAAAUUAUGCGUGCGAGGAGUUAAAAGAGCGAAGAAUGGUUUUUGUGUUGGAAGUGUACAGUCAUGGGCAAGAUAAGGUGGAAAUCGUCGUCAACAGAGCUUACUGACUAUGAUAUUGUCACAUUUAGAGAGAGUUUAAAUUGUCGAGUCAAGUGGACAACAGGGAAAUUGAAUUUUUAAUACGAAUUUUUAAGACCUGUUUUAUAGGCUGCAAUGUACGAGGCAUUUUGAGUAAAAAAUAAGACGCGGUCUUUUAGGAGAAAUUCUCACGGUCAAUUUUUAAGAUCAAUUAACAGAAACGAAACCGUAUUACCACAAUACGCCGCCACAUGGACUAUAAAGAAAAAUACAAACAUUUCCCUUUGUCUAGGAUUGACCCUUCAAGAAAAAUACAGUUUUUUUUUAAAAUUUUUUUUUCUAUAUAUUUUUCGUAGCUGCUUUAUCACUCUCCUUUUUUCCAAUCCUGGUCGCUAUGUUUUGUUUUUAAACAUUUUAGUUUUCCUUUUUCUUUAUAAUUUGUUGUAAUGCUCAAUCCUGGACAUACACGUAUCUGUAGGGCCAUAAGUGCCUUUCUAGUCUAUCUGAUCGAGUGCAUCCUUAUGUCAUUGAAAUAUUAGUCUAGAUUCUUUUCUCUUCACUGUCGUUUCUUUAGUUUUCACAAAAAAAUGCUUCAGAAGUAUUUAUAUUAUAUUUAUUUAGUACUGAUAUUUAUACCGAGGUAACGAUUCUUAUUCCCACUUUUGCCCACAUUUAUCAGAAGAGUGUGAGCCGUAGCUUAAAAGAGAUUUUAUGAAAAAUGUCAUGUGACCAUGUUUCAUCAACAUAAAAUACGCGUUAUGUAGAGACAGUUUUCGAUCGCAAAACUGAUAUUACGAUUUAGCCGCUAUAAUUUUGCUUACGUCCAGCUCACGGAUCUGGUGCCAGGAUCACAUCGUGUUUUUCUUCAAAAAUCGCGCCACCGUCAAAACUAAUCAAAUGCCUUCGAUUGAAACCAACCGCGAUCGUGAAUCGGUCUCUCGUGUAUCUGGCAAGGUAAGAAGUUGAGUUCUAAUCGGUUUCUUGUCAUAUUUCCUUUCGUUCCGUACUGGUAUUGCGAUGACUCUGUUUGAAUUACGAUUCUCUUUUAAGAUACGUUCUAUAAUAAAAAGAACUCCGAGGUUUUGGAAUGAUAACAGGAUUGUCAGAGUUUCGACAGAAACUGUCAACGUGUGUUGUGCACGUGUUCGUAAGCAAAAUCGUUUGGUGGAAAUCGGUAACGAGUGAAUUUUUUCACUUAGAAAAAAAAAAGAUUUCCGUAUGAUCCAUGCAACCUCCCCUAAAACAUAAUGAUUUUAAGGCAUUUUAACAUAUAAAGUCGUUUUAACAAUUUAAAAUAGUUUCCUUAUCUUUUUACCUUGUACAUAGAUUUAUUGUUGGCACAUUUUCCAUAUGUGAAUGAGGUGGACAUUUUCUUAGUCAUACGUGUAAGUAGUAUAAACAACUUUCUCUUAGAAUUGGGGUUUACUUUUAUUCCAGCUGCUUUUUUUUUUUAAUAUUUAAUUGUCAAACCUGAGCUGUAAGAUUGCAGUGAAGUUAUAAAGAUCUCGUGUGUAGAUGGAAUAAAAAGCUGGUAGAUUUUGGCC